AUGACAUUAUUGUAUCUAUUAAGUUACCUUUCCCAUAUUCCUGGCGAAGGGCUAUGUUGCGUUGGAACAUAUGUACUUAUUGUGGAGCUUUUAAAGAGCGAAGAUCAAGUUGAAGUCGUUAAGAAGCAGGCUGAAAAUCAGGCAAAAGAAUAUGCGAGAAUUACUGAAUCCGAGAAAGCUCUACAGAAAAAGUUGGAAACUUUAACUAAUGAAUUGGAUGAAGAAAAGAAGAAAGCGAGAGAUUUUGAUAAUUUGAAAAAACAGGCUAGUCAGCAGAAUGAGGAAUAUAUGAAAUUGACUGAUAAUUAUCAAGAAUUAUUGUUGAAACAUGAAAAUCGGAAUGAGGAUAAGAAAAAUGAUUAA